UACUUACUUCCUGCAGCGCCCGCCCGCUAACGCCCAGAGCGAGCUCGGACAGCGCCGCGUCGCAAUGUCGGGAGGGUCAGCGCGGAGCUUGGCGAAGGGGAGCGCGGCCCCCGGCCCGGUCGCCCAGGGCCUGAUCCGCGUCUACAGCAUGAGGUUCUGCCCGUUCGCCAAGAGGACGCUCCUGGUCCUGAAGGCCAAGGGGAUCGAGCAUGAGGUCAUCAACAUCAACCUGAAGAACAAGCCUGAGUGGUUCUUUGAGAAGAACCCCUUUGGUCUGGUCCCAGUUCUGGAGACUAGUCAGGGGCAACUCAUCUGUGAAUCUGCCAUCACGUGUGAGUACCUGGACGAGGCCUAUCCCGGAAAGAAGCUAUUUCCAGAUGACCCGUAUGAGAAAGCACGCCAGAAGAUGGUCUUCGAACUAUUUUCUAAGGUGCCACCUUUGAUAGGAAGCAUUGUUCGGAGUAAAACUAAGGAAGAUCGCAUUGGCCCAAAGGAAGAAUUACAGAAAGAAUUUGGCAAGCUAGAGGAGGUUCUGACCAACAAGAAGACAACCUUCUUUGGUGGCAGCUCUAUUUCUAUGAUCGAUUACCUCAUGUGGCCCUGGUUUGAACGACUGGAAGUGCUGGAGCUAAAUGAGUGCUUAGAUCACUCUCCAAAACUCAAGCUCUGGGUGGCAGCCAUGAGGGAGGACCCGGUGGUAUCAGCACUCCUCAUUGACCCACAGACCCUGCGUGGGUUCUUCAAUCUCUACGUGCAGAAUGACCCCCAGUCCUUUGACUACGGGCUCUGAUGGAGGCAGGAGUCAGCAAUGAAGACAUGUCUUCUGUUUCCCUUCAGUACUAUUUAAACAAACAAAAAAAUCUUUAUUCUGCCAAAUGCUCUGACAUCUCACUGAAUCCCUUUCUCUGAUUUGACCUCAUACCAAUUGUGGAGUGUUCUCGGCAGGGAUGUACACACUUCCUAUCUCAGAUGCUGUAGGUUGAGGUCUUGCACCGCCCAUUGUGAACACCCUGUGAAUGAGAGAGAUGGGCCUUCGAUCGAGACUUCUAACCUCUUAGAGGGGAGUUCCAUGUGGAUAACCUGUCUUCCACGGGACAGGUGCAAAAGUUUAGAGUCUGGGUUCAGGGUUAAUAAACGUUCUUUUCUUCCAAUGAG